GAAAGCCUCUUAUAAAACGCCGAGAGAUCCCGGCUCCCUCCCUCGCUUCCCCCAAUCCCUUUCCCCUCUCUCCGCACGAAGCGGUGGACGGAGAACGGAGUGAAAGAAUCUAAUAAGAGCCAAAAACGAGAUCAAGACCUCGAAUCCUUCGCAUCCCGAGUCUCGCUAUCACUUCUCCGCAAUGCUGCGAAGGUGCAUUUGGAAGCUCUCAUCAGGCGAUUCCCUCAAGAGGAACCCUCGGACGACCAUGGCCCAGAUGCCCUUUUUACUUUCUUCAAGAUAUGAAUACUCAAAUGCUUCUCACCGAAGUUCAACCCAGAGACCUGCUCCUGCAAAAGAAACUCCUAAUUCAGGGAACUAUAUCUCAAAAAUUGUCCUUGGCAGUGUUGUUGUUGGCGCUGCUGUUAUGACAGCUUACAAAAUCGGCUUUUUAGAUAUUAAACUUCCAGAUAAAGCAUCUUCACCAAAUUCUAGUAAGCUAAACAAUGUGAGAAAGUCAGAGAUUCUCGAGCAUUCUGCUGAACAAACAGUUCAUCAAAAUAAUGAAAAACUGAGCACAUCAAAAGCUGACAUGGAGAUUGUCGAGAAGCACGAUGAACCUGGCCAUUUUAACGAUUCAGAGAUCAAGAGGGAAGUUCCAGAGAUAGCACCUGCAGAGGAGCCUCUGCCUGCCAAACAGAAUGAAUCAGUUAGCCUUUCUCAGGAGGCUGCUUCAGUCCUAGGUGGGCAAUCAGUUGAUUCGGAAAUACCACAUGAAGACAUUCAGAACAGAGAUAGGCCUGUGGCUCAAACAGAAACCAAUGUGGAACAGAAGACAAGUGAAGCCUCUGUGGAACAAAAUGCAGAAAUUGGCAGUUUAGUUGAUGUUCCCAAGGAAACUACAAAUGAAGCCGCUUCUCAUCAUGAUACUUCAUUGGAAAUGCCAAAGAAUUCACUAAAUGCAGAAACAGAGGCCCCAAUACCCCUCUCCCAAUCAUAUUCUCUUCAAGAUGAAGUGAACCCUGACAUUUCCAGAAAAGAAGAGGGUGCAGAUGCCUUAGCAAUGUUUUCUAAGAAUAAAGAGGCUUCAGUUGUUGCACAUGAAAAACCAGAGGACAAGAAAACUUCUGAAGAUGGAAAAAUAAUACUUGAUUUAAUAGAUGCUAUUCAUGCUGCUGAAAGAAAGCAAGCUGAAUCAGAUGCUUAUAUCUUUGCUGAAGAGAAAAAGAAGCUCAAGGAGAAAUAUGAAAAAGAUCUGAAGGAUGCAAGGGCGAGAGAACUUAUGUAUGCCGAAGAGGCAGCAAUUUUGGUAAAGGAGUUAAACCGAGAGAAGGCAAAGGCAACAGCUACAAUAAAGUCACUUCAAGAAAAAGCUGAACAGAAUCUUCGAGAGGAAUUGAGACACAAGGAUGAGGAAACUGAUAUAAAGCUUAAGAAAGUUCAGGAGUUGGCAAAAGCCGAAUUAGCUGCUGCUAUUUCAAAGGAGAAAGCAUCCCAGAUGGAAAAAAUUGCUGAAGCUGACCUCAAUAUUAAUGCCUUGUGCAUGGCAUUCUAUGCAAGAUCUGAAGAAGCCCGCCAGACUCACUCUGUUCACAAGCUUGCGUUGGGUACACUUGCUUUGGAGGAUGCUCUGUCUAAAGGACUGCCAAUUCGAGCAGAGGUAGCUGCACUGCGCAAGUCCCUAGAAGGCAUUGACAAAGAAUCUCUUUUAGAUUUAGCACUUACAUCUCUUCCAGAAGAAAUAUUAAACUAUGGGUCAAGUACCCAGAUGCAAUUGAAUCAAAAGUUUGAUUCCUUAAAGCGGAACCUUCGGCAUUUUAGCCUUAUCCCAGCUGGCGGCGGCGGCAUCCUCACUCAUGCUGUAGCUCAUUUUGCAUCUUCAAUAAAGAUGAAGGAAGAUCAAUCUGGAGAUGGCAUCGAGUCUGUCAUCAGUAAAGUAGAGAACUUUUUGUUAGAGGGAAAAUUUGUAGAAGCAGCAGAUUCCUUGGAAGCAGGAGUCCGUGGCAGCCAAGCAGAGGAAAUCGUCCUCGAGUGGGCGAGGCAAGCAAGGAAUCGUGCUAUCGCGGAGCAAGCACUUUCUCUGCUUCAAUCAUACGCCACAUCUAUUACCUUUGCCUAGUUUUGAUACACCCAGGCAGCUUCUCAUUCCCCAUUCCAAAGAUCCGUUUGGGUCCUUUUUGUUCAUGUUACCUACCAUCACACUACCGGUACUGCUGCCUAAGUAUUCAGUUUGGUUGGACUGAGAGCACAGAGAAACUUUGAACAAAUAAAAAUUUGUUCAUUUCAACUAUAGGGCUCUUUGCCUGAUGUGAGAUGGAAAUUUAAAUACAAUUUACAAACGAGUGAAAUUUUUGUACUAAUCAUAACGAGGAUAUGCAAAGUUGCCGUGUACUCAAGCUGAUUACGUUAUCUGCUUUGUAACGGGAACGGUACGUUCUUUUUUAUUCA